AGAACAUGAAGCAGAAAAUCAAAUCAUUUGAUUGGUCGGACGGGAUCACGUGACAUCAUGUUUUGUCUUUCUUCUCGUGAUGUAUGUAACCUUGCACGUUGAUCUGAUUGAAUGUAGCGAUAUAAUCUGACAGAGUGUUGCGACGAUGGCGAAGUGUGUGGUCCAAGGAUGCAUAAACCACAGUGAUCUCAGACCGGGCGAGCAAUCGAGCCGUACGCACAAGAGGUUUUUCAGGUUCCCCAAAGACAAGGCCCGGGUGAAAGUGUGGCUGGCCGCUUUACGGGAGACUCGGCUCGAAAUCACAGAUCAGCAUCAGAUAUGCGAGGAUCAUUUCCUGAGCCAUCACAUCACGCCGAACGGCAUCAGCCCGGACGCGAUCCCUGUUAUGCCGCCGUUAGAGGGACUGGUCGCCGGCUGGAGCUCGUGUGGUGAGCAGGACGAGCACUCGGACCCAGUUGAGGAGGGUGAAGUUGCUGCAGAAGAGGAUCUUUAUGAUGUAGAGUUUGAGGAUUAUAAGGAAGAAGAUGAAGACCUCAGUCUUGCAGAUAAUGGUCCAUAUAGCAUGAAUAGUAAAUUCCAAGGACAGUGUUACAGUAAAAGUUUAAUUAACAAUCCCAACAUUAACAAUCAUGUGAAUCAAGCAACAGGGGCAUCCUCCAGACAAGUUGGUGCCAAUAGCCCUGUGGAAUCGAUCCAGAUCCACUUGAAGGGCUGCAGAGGGCCCAUCCAUAUACUCACCUGUGAGACUGAGGGCCCAAGUGAAGCUGUGGAUCCAACUAACACAGAAUCGAAGCUUGUCAAACCAGCCUGCUUUCUGACACUAGAGGAGAGCCAGAUUCACACACAACCACUUAUAUCAGAUGUUUCAAAUACUGUAGCAGCUGUACAGACCACAUAAAAGAAGAGGCUUUGCUUCUUUGAGAUGAACUACCCCAUCUUAACUGACUACUUUGGCCUUUUUGGAGAGACCACUGUGCAUAUAUUAACUCUGCCGUGGUUUAAGACAUCUGUUGUGAAGAUUUUUGAUUUGUAAAUAUAUGGAUGAGUAUUUUGAACAGUUUAAAGUAUUUUUUUCUAUAAGCAUUAUGAGGAAACUUGAAGGUUGUCUUUUGAAAAUUGUGAAAAAAAAAUGUUCUUGGACCAUCUGACAAUACUGUAAAUUAAUCAAAUGUGGUGGUCAAAGAUGAUGCUUGGACCCUUUGUUUCAAUAUGGCAAGAUGUCCUGGUUUAUGGGGGAGUGGUUUGUAAAUGUAUGCUAUGGUCCAA